AUCUUUCCCAAUAAUCCUGUCUCCGUACUACAUCCUUCCAUCCCCCGCCAUCCGCUUCUCCAGCUACUUUCAGACAUGAAAGUAACCGUAAAGACGACCCAGCAAAAGGUCUUCCAGAUUGACGUUGAAGAUGAGGAGACAAUAGGUGCUCUCAAGAACAAGAUACAGGAGGCACAGGGCCAUCCGGUUGCGAGCCAGAAAAUCAUAUAUUCAGGCAAAAUACUGGCCGACGAUAAGACAGUAGGAUCAUGCGGUAUCAAGGAAAAGGACUUUUUGGUCUUGAUGGUGUCCAAGCCUAAACCGACACCCACGCCUAUGCCUCCCACAGCAUCAUCCAGCGGCGUAACAGCAGCCCGUGCUGCACCUCCUCCGGAAGCGGCACCUGCGCCUGUAACGACGCAGCAGCCUGCUCCUUCCUCUGCUCCAGCUCCAGCUCCGGCUCCAGCUCCUGCGGCAUCUGCGCCAGCUCCAGCUCCAGCUCCAGCUACCUCUACCCCCGCCGCCUUCGGCGAUUCGAGCUCUUUUCUAACCGGAGAUGCGCUACAGUCUACAAUCAACAGCAUGACUGAAAUGGGAUUUCCGCGGGAUCAAGUUCUACGUGCCCUCAGAGCAAGUUACAACAAUCCUGAUCGUGCUGUAGAGUACCUCAUGAAUGGUAUCCCGGCCCAUCUAGAAUCAGAGGCCGCGGGAAAUGCCCCUACAGUGCCUUCCCACUCUGCUGGUACCCCUGCUGCUGCAGUUCCCGCUGCAGCUCCGGCGCCAGCACCUGCCGCCCCACCAUCAAACCAGCCGCAAAACUUGUUCCAGCUUGCCCAGCAACAGCAACAGCAAGCCGCCGCCGGUGGAGGUGGCACCGGAGGUCUCGGAGGAGCUCACGGAGGUCAAUUAGACCUCGCUGCUCUACAGAACAGCCCUCAGCUUCAACAACUUCGUGAACACAUCGCUCAAAACCCUAAUCUCAUUCAACCUCUGAUCCAACAACUUGCUACGAGCAAUCCUGCCCUCGCUCAGCUUUUGGCUCAAAACCCAGAAGCAUUGAUGCAACUGCUUGGUGUUGGUGAGGGCGAUUUUGACCCUGAGGAGGGCGAUAUUCCGCCUGGUGCUCAUGUUGUUAGUGUAACGGAAGAGGAAAGGGCCGCGAUCCAGCGUCUCGAGGCUUUGGGUUUCCCUCGUCAGGCUGUCCUCGAAGCAUACUUUGCGUGCGACAAGAAUGAGGAACUUGCGGCCAAUUACCUUUUUGAAGGUGGAUUUGACGAUUAAAUAAUAGUGACAUUGUGUAUUCUUACUUGCCUGUCUCAUUCUUCGAAUCUAAAGCUCUCGUGUAAAAUAUGUAGGAAAACGGACGACGGCCUUUUGCUUCCACUUUUGUUCGACAUCGACGCCACGCACACCAUCUAAGCUGUAUGAAUUUUUUUUGUGACAAG